AUGCUCUGAUAAUUUUUUAAAUUAUAAAAAAUUGACUAAUAAAAAAUAAAAUAAAGAAAUUCUCCGCGCUUGGCUUCUGCUUCGUUCCUGGGCUUCGCCAUUCCAAAUUUCGAAAUCGAUCAUUCCUAUUUGGCAGAAGCAAGUCCUCUGCACCACAAUCCAUUUCCAAAUACUCGUAACCCUAAUCUCUCUCUACUCCUUAGGGUUCCUUCUUACAGAUCAAUCUCCUCAUGCUACUCCCAUUCAUAUUCUCAUAGUAAUUAAUCACAAUUUACAAAUGAACAGAGAUCACCAGUCCCAAUGCGGGGGUUGCGGUGGAGACAGGCGCUGGGUCCUCCACAACGUCCGCCACAGAGCCGCCUACCGUCGCCUGUGCACCAAUUGCAUCUUGAAGACCCACCAGGGUCUCUUCUGCCCCUUCUGCUUCCAAGUGUUCGAGGAGUCUCUUCCCCCCAAGGAGCGCCUCAUGUGCCUCAAAUGCCCUUCCAUCUCCCACCUCUCCUGCGUUCCUUGCUCUCACCCUCAUUCCCCUCCUUCCUUUCUCUGCCCCCCUUGCUCCACCCCUAAUUUCUCCUUUUUUAACCUCGACUCCUCCUCCACCAAUGAUAACACAAACAGUGGGAGGCCCAUUGAUAAGGACUCUGCCAGAGCACUCGUCGCUGCUGCCAAAAUUGCCGCUGUCUCCAUGACGAAAGCCGCAGCUGUCGCCAGGGUUGAAGCGGAGAGGAGGGUCAAGGAGGCUGCUUUGGCUAAGAAGAGAGCAAGAGAAGCUUUGGAAAGACUCGCCUUCUUAGCCGCCAAAGAGAAAGAAACCAAAGGAGCCGUUAAAGAGUCUGCUCAGCAGCAGCAUAAAUUUAGUAAUAACAACAACAAGCGGAUUCUGGUUGAUGGAAUGAUCCGUAAGGAGCAAUCCAGAAAUGGUGCUGUGCAAACCGAAAAGGGUAGUGAUGGGAUCUAUUCUGUUUCUUCCGUUGUAAAUGCUAGUGCUACUGCAGGACAGUUGAAACGCUAAUAAGGCAGCUUGGCUAUGGACGAGAUGUAUUGGUAAUCCACUAGGGGCUCCCCUCUGUUUUUGUUGUUGUUAAAGCGGAUUUUUUUUUUUUUUUGAUAGUCUUGUAAAAAUGAUUCACUUUAGCAUAGGACGUUGUAGGUGAUGUUCCUUGUUAUUGCCUAGUCAGUCUUUAUUUUCUCAAGCCCAUCUCUUUCUCUGUACUUGUUGUUCUAGAUUUCUGUUAUCUGAAUUUCCCUUGAAUCAUUAGCUGCUGUGUUGCAUUUUA